AUGCUCGCUUUCCAACAAUCUCGCUCAGCAAAAGCAAGCGCGGCAGGAACCCCUUCAACCCCUGCUAGUCCAUCCGCACAACAAAGACUACCCCCUCAACAAAGGCCACAAGCACAUAACUGGGUCAGUGAGGCUGGUGUUCCGGGGGCUGCACAGUUGAAGUUGCCAGGUGUCGGACCUGUUGCCGGUGGUGGGUUGAAAAUGCCUCCAGGUGGAUUAGCAGCUAGGAGAAAGGGCGGAUUGAAGUUGGUCGAUGCUAUGGGACCAGCGGCUCCUAAGAAGGAGGAGACGGCGUUUUCGAAUUUCUCAAAGUACGUCAAUGCCGAGAACGGCUCACUGAACUUUGCUGGCAAGGCUGUUAUUUCAUCGGAAGGUGUCAAUUUCUCGUCUGGUGAAAGUUUCAAGAUCUCAAUGAACGAUCUUACUCUCCUUGAGGAGCUCGGCAAGGGAAACUAUGGUACCGUUCAUCGUGUGCUACAUAAGCCCACCAACGUCACUAUGGCCCUGAAAGAGGUUCGUCUCGAGCUUGACGAGGCCAAGUUCAGUCAGAUCAUCAUGGAGUUGGAUAUCUUGCACAAAGCAAUAUCACCACAGAUCGUCGAGUUCUACGGUGCUUUCUUUGUGGAGACUUGUGUUUACAUCUGCAUGGAGUACAUGUCCGCUGGUUCGAUCGACAAGCUCUAUGGUGAUGGUAUCCCCGAAGAUGUUCUUGGCAAGAUUACCCUUGCGAUGGUCAAGGGUCUCAAGACUUUGAAGGACGAACACAACAUCAUUCAUCGUGAUGUUAAGCCUACCAACGUUCUCGUCAACGAGAAGGGCAUUGUCAAGCUUUGCGAUUUCGGUGUGUCUGGUAACUUGGUGGCGAGUAUUGCAAAGACGAAUAUCGGAUGUCAGUCAUACAUGGCUCCAGAGCGAAUCAAGGCGGAGAAUGCGGGUCAGAUUACCUACACCGUCCACUCAGAUAUCUGGAGUCUGGGUCUGUCGAUGUUGGAGAUGGCGAAGGGUGGAUACCCCUACGAUCCUUCGACGUACAACAAUAUCUUUGCUCAGUUGCAGGCGAUUGUCGACGGCGAGCCGCCUGAGCUUCCUGAAGACUUCUCUGAAGACGCUAAGGAUUUCGUUAGGCAGUGCCUCAACAAGUCGCCGCGGAACAGACCGAAUUACGCUCAGCUUUUGCGACACCCUUGGUUGCAUCGCUGGGAAACCGAAGAGGUUGACAUGGCCGGUUGGGUCAAGAGAGCACUUGAAGCCCGUGAGAAGGCGAAGAAGGAGGGUGUGAAGGAGGAGAAGCCAAAGCCGGCGUUGCACAAGGUUGAUCUUCUGUCGACCAGAGGAUGA